AUGGAAUGUCUUAUGGGUAUGUCUUGUAAAGAUUUUGUCAUAUUAGCGGCGGAUAUGACUAAAACUCAGAGUAUAUUAGUUAUGAAGAACGAUGAAGAAAAAUUAUUUCCAUUGACGGAUAAAAUGGUUAUGGCUGUUUGUGGAGAUUCUGGAGACACUUCACAAUUUUCCGAAUUUAUAUCGAAAAAUAUUCAAUUAUACAAAAUGAGAAACGGUUAUGCUCUGUCGCCCUCAGCUGCAUCAAAUUUCACACGUCGAAAUCUUGCUGAUUACCUCAGAAGUCGCACUCCUUACAAUGUUAACCUUUUACUUGGAGGAUAUGAUGAUACUACAGAUGAAUUUGAACUUUACUUUUGUGAUUAUUUAGCAUCACUUGUUAAAACUCCAUAUGCAGUUCAUGGUUUCGGUGGACAUUUUUGCCUUAGCAUUAUGGACCAAUUACAUCGAAAAGAUUUGACAAUAGAGGAAGGAUAUGAAGUUCUUUCGAAAUGCAUUAGAGAAAUUCAUAAAAGAGUCGUUAUUAAUUUGCCCAAUUUUAAAGUUCAAGUAGUUACUAGAAAUGGUAUUAAAAAUUUAGAACCAAUAACAGCUGCAAAACUUGCCAGGGAAUCUAAGGACUAA